UCGUCGAGUUGGAGGAUGGUAACAUCGAUAUCCUUUUUUGUGCAAUGCAUAUCCAACAAACACACAAUGAGUGAUUCCCUCGGGCUGGUGCAGUUCCUGAAUGCUGUUAGCGAGAUGGCCAGAGGCGCAGAUGUGCCAUCUGUGCUGCCCGUCUUGGAAAGGGAGCUCUUGAAUGCGCAAAAUCCGCCACGUAUAACAUGUAUGCAUCAUGAAUAUGAGGAGGUACACGACACCAGGGGUACACUAGGGGUUAUGGAUGAUCAUAAUACGGUUCACCGAUCUUUCUUCUUUGGCCCUAAAGAGAUAAAAGCCCUUAGAAAGCGAAUUCCCCAGACCCUUGGUCCAUGCUCUACAUUUGAAGCACUAACAGCCUGUGUAUGGAGAUGCCGCACGGUUGCCUUUGGGGUAGACCCUGAUGAGACUUCCGUACGUGUUUCAUGUCUAAACAAUGUGCGGGGCAAACGGGGUUUGCAGUUGCCUUCUGGUUACUAUGGCAAUGCAUUUGCCAACCCAGCUGCAGUUACAAAGGCCGGAGAACUCUGUAACAAUCCACUGGGAUAUGCAGUGAAGUUGGUGAAGAAGGCCAAGGCUGAAAUGAGCGAGGAGUACAUAAGAUCAGUAGCAGAUUUUAUGGUAAUUAAAGGGCGGCCCUCCUACACACGUACAGGGAACUUCAUCAUUUCUAAUAACACCCGGGUUGGCUUUCAGGAGAUUGAUUUCGGGUGGGGGAAGCCCUUAUAUGGUGGGCUUGCUAAGGCCAUGUCUAUUAUUAGCUUCUGUCUGCGGUUUAGAAAUAGUAAAGGAGAGGAAGGGGUUGUUGUCCCGAUAUGCUUGCCCCUUCAAGUUAUGGAAAGGUUUGGACAGGAGGUAAAGAGAAUGAUUGCAGAGGAAGUUGCAUCCAAGCUCUAAAUAAAAUAUGAACGUACUUACAUUGAUAUUGUCAGAGUACAUUGA